ACCCAACUAUAUAAGCUCUACAGUUACCACUAGAACGGUGCGGUGCAGUUCCUUCUGCCCUCCCCAUCCCAACCCCCCCGAAAAAAAAAAAUAAAAAAUUUUUUUCUUCUCCAGUUCGUCUUCUGGGUCGUCUCUUCGCUCGGAAUCGUUAGGGUUUCCGGCGAAUUAUCCAUCCCUCUCCUCUUCUAUCCUCCAUAUCAUAUUCAUCCCCAGAAAAAAGAAAAAACCAAAAAAUUUCCCAAAUUACUUUCUCAGAUUAUUGAUUCGAAAUCCUUAGGGUUCGUUUCACAUCUAUCGAUUUCGUUUGCAGAAAAAAAAGAAAAAAUUUCUAUAAUUUUUUUGUUGUCUCUCUGGUGAUUUAUUCGAAUAACAAGAGGAGAGGGAAAAAAAUUAUCGAAAAAAAAUUUUGGAAAAAGAAAAAGAAGGAUCUAGGGUUUCGAUUUUUGUUUGAUUUCGGUAAGAUGGCGCAAAUUCAGGUUCAGCAUCAGGCUCCGGUGGUGGCUCCGAACGGCGUGCCGGCGGGCGGCGGCCAGUAUGUGCCGACGUCUCUGUACGUCGGAGAUCUGGAGCCGAGCGUCACCGAUUCGCAGCUUUACGACCUGUUCAACCAGGUCGGUCAGGUCGUCUCGGUUCGUGUUUGUAGGGACUUGACGACCCGCCGAUCCCUCGGUUAUGGCUAUGUCAACUACAGCAACCCUCAGGAUGCCGCGAGGGCUUUGGAUGUAUUGAACUUCACUCCAUUGAAUAACAAGCCCAUAAGAAUUAUGUAUUCUCAUCGGGACCCCAGUAUUAGAAAGAGUGGGACCGGCAAUAUAUUUAUCAAGAACUUGGGCAAGGAAAUUGACCAUAAAGCAUUACACGAUACUUUUUCUUCGUUUGGCAACGUUCUUUCUUGCAAGGUAGCCUUGGAUGCAUCUGGCCAGUCCAAAGGCUACGGUUUUGUACAAUUUGAUAAUCAAGAAUCUGCUCAGAAUGCAAUAGAUAACUUAAAUGGAAUGUUAAUUAAUGAUAAAGAAGUAUUUGUAGGGCAUUUUCUUCGUAAACAGGAGAGAGACAGUGCUUCGAGUAAGACAAAAUUCAACAAUGUUUUUGUGAAAAAUCUAUCAGAAUCUACGUCAGACGAAGAUUUGAUGAAAGUUUUUGGUGAAUUUGGAACAAUUACUAGUGCUGUAUUGAUGAGAGAUGCAGAUGGGAAAUCAAAAUGUUUUGGUUUUGUUAACUUUGAGGAUGCAGACGAUGCUGCUAGAGCUGUUGAGGCGUUGAACGGAAAGAAAUUUGAUGAGAAGGAGUGGUAUGUUGGAAAAGCUCAGAAAAAAUCUGAGAGAGAACUUGAGCUGAAGGGGAAGUUUGAGCAGAAUAUGACGGAAGCUAAUGAGAAAUAUCAAGGUGUGAAUUUGUAUAUCAAGAACUUGGACGAUAGCAUUGGUGAUGAGAAACUCAAGGAACUAUUUUCCGAGUUUGGUACAAUUACAUCAUGCAAGGUUAUGCGUGACCCAAAUGGAAUAAGUAGAGGCUCUGGGUUUGUUGCUUUCUCAACUUCUGAAGAAGCAUCUCGUGCUCUUGCAGAGAUGAAUGGUAAAAUGGUUUUCAAUAAACCCCUUUAUGUUGCACUUGCACAGCGGAAGGAAGAGAGGAGAGCAAGGUUGCAGGCUCAGUUUUCACAAAUGAGGCCAGUUGCCAUGGCUACUUCAGUGGCCCCACGCAUGCCAAUGUUCCCUCCUGGUGCUCCAGGUCUUGGGCAACAAUUUUUAUAUGGGCAAGCACCUCCAGCUAUAAUUCCUCCACAAGCUGGAUUUGGUUAUCAGCAGCAACUUGUUCCAGGAAUGCGUCCUGGUGGUGCUCCGAUGCCAAACUUCUUUGUUCCAGUGGUCCCUCAGGGUCAGCAGGGCCAGCGCCCAGGUGGUCGACGUGGGCCAGGGCCAGUGCAGCACUCCCAACAGCCAGUGCCAUUUCACAUGGUUCCAAGGGGACGUGCAUAUCGCUAUCCACCUGGUCGCAACAUACAAGAAGUUCAAAUUCCUGGUGUGGCUGGUGGAAUGCUCCCAGUCCCAUAUGAUGUUGGUGGCCUGCCAAUUCGAGACGGUGCGGGACAGGCAAUGCCUAUUACUGCAUUGGCCACAGCUCUGGCAAAUGCUCCACCUGAACAGCAAAGGACGAUGCUGGGCGAAGCAUUAUACCCCUUAGUGGAUCAGCUGGAGCAUGAGUCAGCGGCUAAGGUAACAGGCAUGCUUCUUGAAAUGGACCAGACUGAGGUUCUGCAUCUGCUAGAGUCUCCAGAGGCUUUAAAGGCAAAAGUUGCGGAGGCCAUGGAGGUCCUGAGGAAUGUUGCCCAGCAGGCUAACAGCUCCGCCGAUCAGCUAGCUUCAUUGUCUCUUGAAUGACAAAUCUUUUCUCGUGAAUGUGUUUGCUUUGAUUGGAAAGAUUGGCACCUGGUUCUAUUGCCAAUCAAACUUGCAGGGAGUGAUUGUGAUUUUGGUCUGGAUGCCCUAUGAUGAAACUUUUCCCUCAGCAGUUUUCUUAUCUUAAACUUGAUACUUGGUUAAGAUUUGAUCUCCGGUUGUUAUUUAGGAUUCUAAUUGCCGUCAUGUUUUCUGUGUUUGUUUUUAGAACUUCAGACUAAGUCUUAUCCCUGUUACUUUUCUCCCCAGCAGAAUUUUAUCGUUUUAUAUAUUUAAUUGUGUUUUCUAA